CUUAGCAACCAAAAACAACAGGCGUCACGUUUUGAGAGCCACUCAAGUAUUAAUUAGUUAGCAACAUAGCUCUCCAUUUUCGGUUUCCAUCAUUUAACAUGGAUAUGUUGAGGAGCAAGAAGGAGCUGAGAGCACAAGGCUUCACCGUGAAGGCCACCAUGAAGAACUCCGUGGUGGAGGGUCCCCCGGCUGUAGGGGCUUUUCGGGAGCGCCCUUCCAAACCGACCAUCUUUCGCAAGUUCUACGAGCGCGGAGAGUUCCCGAUGGCGCUGGAACAUGACCCCAAAGGCAACCGCAUUGCAUGGAAGGUAGAGUUUGAGAAGCUGGACUACAACCACUACCUGCCUCUAUUCUUUGAUGGCCUAUGUGAGACAAAUCAUCCGUAUGAGUUCUUCGCCCGCCAGGGAGUCCAUGACAUGCUGGAGCACGGAGGCCCCAAGAUCCUGCCCGUCAUCCCCCAGCUCAUCAUCCCCAUCAAGAAUGCCCUGAACACGAGGAACCGGCAGGUGAUGUGCACCACCCUGAAAGUCCUGCAGCACCUUGUGAUGUCCGGAGACAUGGUGGGAGAGGCUCUGGUGCCCUACUACAGACAGAUCCUCCCCAUCCUCAACAUCUUCAAGAACAUGAACAAAAACACGGGAGAUGGCAUCGACUACAGCCAGAGGAAGAGGGAGAACAUCGGCGACCUGAUCCAGGAGACUCUGGAGGUGUUUGAGCGCUACGGAGGAGAAGACGCCUUCAUAAACAUCAAAUACAUGGUGCCCACCUAUGAGUCCUGCAUGAUCAGCUAAGGCAGGGGGUCUCCCUGACGCUGAACAGACUCUUGACUUUCCUUUUUUUAUCAGCCCCCCCACCUCUAAGUGAAAGUCUUAUCUUAUCCCGUUCUUUAUCCCAGCUCUCCUGUAAUCUCAACAUUACUCUGUUUAUUCUCUUUCUGCUUCUGAGCCGAUCUCUUCCGAGACCCUUCUCUCCUUCCUCUGCUCUCUUCUGCUCCACUUUGUCGACAGACCCUCUCCGUCCAAACUCUCUCCCCUCUCUGCACUUUAAAUAUCCCUUUAAACCCCCAUUAAAUUCAUUACAAGUCA